AUGAAAUCCAUCUUAACGGACGCUCAGAGUCCCAUCACCUGGGCGGUUUUCAGAAGUAAGUUUUAUGAGGAGUACUUUCCAGAUAGCGUUCGUUACGCUAAGGAAGUUGAGUUCCUUCAACUGGCGCAAGGAGCAAAGUCUGUGUCGGAGUAUACCAACACAUUUAAACACCUUUUGAGGUUCAAUACCAUGGCGACCAAUGAGGAGUGGCAAUGCAGAAAAUUUGAAAAUGGGCUGAGGAGUGAUCUGAAGGUAUUAAUCUCCAGUUUGUGCAUCCGAUCGUUUCCUGCUAUGGUUGAGCGAGCCAAGGUCUUGGAGAAGAAUAUGGCAGAGGCGGAACGACAGAAGAAGCAGCAACAAGUGAGUAGGGGACCGAUCGUGUCCAGGGGAGGUACUGUUCAGAGGAGACCUCCUUACGCUCGUCCAAACCAGCCUUCUCAUGCAAGCGGGUCACAAGCAGUGGUUCCUGUCGGGCAGUCUGGACAAGGAAACGUGGUUUGCUUCCAGUGUGGAGGGCCACAUUAUCGGUCUUCAUGCCCUCAGUUGGUGGGAGGAAAGCACUACAACCGUUGUGGAAGGAACGGGCACUCGGAUAACGAGUGCAACAUGAGUGGACGUGCAGUGAUGAGGCCACCUAAUGCUGGAAGGAACCAACCGAGAGGUGGUAGAGCACAAGCCGUGGGGCGCGUCUAUGCUAUAACUGGAGCAGAAGCAGCAAGCCAGGCGUGUGUUGAGAAACUGGGCGUAGUUGAGAGAGAUAUGCAGUUCGACCUGGUGGUGUCAACCCCAGCGGCUGGAGAGAUUAGGACGUCUACCGUAUGCAUUAGAUGUCCUAUUGUGGUUGAGGGGCGUAGUUAUAAGGUGAACUUAAUCUGUUUGCCUUUGAAGGAUUUAGAAGUGAUUCUAGGAAUGGAUUGGUUGGCUACCAAUCACAUUCUUAUAGAUUGUGGAGCGAAGGAAUUAAUCUUUCCUGGUGAAGAAGAAGAAGUACUGUCAGUGACGCUCGGUCAGCUGAAAGAAGACAUUAUGGAGGGCGCUAGCUGUUUCCUGAUUAUGACGCAUGAAGAUCAGGAAUUCAGAGGAUUGGUAAAAGAACGAUCGUCCACUAGUGACAGUAAUGGACGAUCGGUUGUGGAUGAGUUUGCGGACGUCUUUCCGGAAGAAAUACCGGGACUGCCUCCUGUUCGUGAAGUUGAAUUCACCAUUGACUUGGUGACAACGGCAGCACCCAUCUCAGUUCAACCAUAUCAUAUGGCGCCUGUAGAAUUGGUUGAACUUAAGAAGCAGAUUGCAGAGCUAAUGGAUAAACAAUUUAUCAGGCCGAGCGUAUCACCAUGGGGAGCGCCUGUCCUCUUAGUGAAGAAGAAAGAUGGCAGCUCUCGAGUGAAGGAGGACGACAUCCAGAAGACUGCUUUCAGGUCUCGUUACGGACACUACGAGUAUGUAGUGAUGCCGUUCGGUGUGACGAACGCACCAGCAAUCUUCAUGGAUUAUAUGAAUCGGAUAUUCAGACCUUAUUUGGACAAGUUUGUGGUCGUCUUCAUAGAUGAUAUUCUCAUCUACUACAAGACACAAGCCGAACACGAAGAACACUUGAGGGCAGUACUGACCGUGUUGAGAGAAAAGGAGUUAUAUGCAAAGCUGUCCAAGUGUGAAUUUUGGAUGAAAGAAGUACAGUUUUUAGGACAUGUGGUGUCGGCUGGAGGUAUUUUAGUGGAUCCAACUAAGGUACGAGCGGUACUGGAAUGGGAGAGUCCGCGUUCGGUCACUGAGGUUCGUAGCUUUGUGGGACUCGCGGGCUACUACAAACGCUUUAUUGAAGGAUUCGCUAAGAUAGUAGCUCUGCUGACUCAGUUGACUAGAAAGGAUCAAUCGUUCGCCUGGACUGAUCUGUGUGAGGAACGUUUUCAAGAGCUGAAGCACAAGUUGACGAGCGCUCCAGUGUUGGUCAUUCCAGACACGGCCAAGCCGUUCGAAGUGUAUUGUGAUGCGUCUCACCAAGGUCUGGGUUGUGUACUGAUGCAAGAAAAGCGAGCGGUAGCGUACGCAUCCCGUCAAUUGAAGAUUCACGAAAGGAAUUACCCAACGCACGACCUGGAGUUGGCAGCGGUCGUUUUUGCGCUGAAGAUUUGGAGGCAUUUCUUGUACGGAUCCACGUUCCAAGUCUUCAGUGAUCACAAGAGUCUCAAGUACCUCUUUGAUCAGAAGGAGUUGAAUAUGAGGCAGAGGAGGUGGCUUGAGUUCUUAAAGGAUUAUGACUUCGAACUACUCUACCAUCCAGGAAAGGCGAACGUGGUAGCGGACGCUCUGAGCAGAAAAGUGGUACAUGUGUCGUCCAUGAUGGUGCGCGAGCUGAGUUUGUUGGAGCCGAACAGUAUCAAGUGUUGUAACCUUAGAAUAUCCAGCGACGUGUUUGAGCGGAUCAGAAAGAAGCAACGAGAGGAUGAAGAGUUAGUGAAGAUAUUUGAUGCCCUCGGUACGGAUCAGGCCAAGGAGUUUAACACUGGAACGGACGGUUUCUUACGUUAUAAGGGCCGGACGUGCAUCCCAAAUGAUGGAGAUCUGAAGAGAAUUAUUCUGGAGGAAGGUCAUCACAGCCGUCUUAGCAUGCACCCUGGCAUGACUAAGAUGUAUCAAGACCUCCGGAAAUCCUUUUGGUGGCCUGGAAUGAAGAGUGAUGUCGCUCGUUUUGUGCCAUCAUGUCUAACCUGUCAACGAGCGAAGGCGGAGCACCAAAGACCUGGCGGAUUACUUCAGCAGCUGGAAAUUCCCGAAUGGAAGUGGGAUAGCAUAUCCAUGGAUUUCGUGACUCAUCUACCACGCACGGUCAGGAAUCAUGACUCAAUUUGGGUGAUCGUGGAUAGGCUAACGAAGAGCGCCCACUUCCUGGCAGUCAACUUGAAGAUGUCGAUGACCAACUUGGCUAAAUUGUAUAUCCAGGAGAUCGUUCGUUUACAUGGAGUUCCCUCGAGCAUAAUUUUUGACCGAGACAUGAGAUUCACAUCUCGGUUUUGGCAAUCUUUGCAAGGCGAAUUGGGAAGCAAGCUGCAGAUGAGUUCAGCCUAUCACCCUCAGACGGACGGCCAAUUUGAAAGGACGAUCCAGACGCUGGAAGAUUUAUUGAGGACGUGCGUCCUAGAUCACUUAGGCGCUUGGGAUGAAAUUUUGCCGCUAGUGGAAUUCACGUAUAACAACAGUUUUCAGGCGAGCAUUGGAAUGGCACCGUUUGAAGCACUCUAUGGGAGGAAAUGUCGAACGCCAUUUUGCUGGUUCCAAGAAGGAGAGCACGUGCUAACUGGACCUGAACUUAUCCAGCAAACGACCGAGAAAAGAAGAAGACCAUUGGAGUUCGCUGCAAGAGAUCAUGUGUUUCUUCGACUCAACCCAAUCACUGGUGUAGGCCGAGCCGUUCGUCCAAAGAAGCUGUCUCCCAAAUUCAUUGGACCGUAUCAAAUCCUGAGGAAAAUCGGACCAAUAGCGUACGAGCUUGCAUUGCCGCCUCAGCUAUCGAACCUUCACCCCGUCUUCCACGUUUCCCAACUUCGGAAGUACAUAGCGAACCCAUCUCACGUACUGGAGUUGGAAGACGUUCAACUGCGCCAAGACCGAACGCUGGAACUGCAACCAGUACGUGUAGAAGAUCGCCGCACCAGGCUAUACAAAGGAAAAGACGUUCGUCUAGUUAAAAUGGUGUGGGACGCAAAGACUGGAGAUUCAACGUGGGAAGUGGAGGAUGCUAUGAAGGACUUGUAUCCCCACUUAUUUCCGGGUUUUAGCAGUUCCAAAGAAGCCUUACCCACAGUUUACCACUCUCCAUUGCCAAAGAAGCCUUACCCACAGUUUACCAAUCUCCAUUGCCAAAGAAGCCUUACCCACAGUUUACCAGUCUUCAUCGAUGGUGUUGAAGUAGAGUUCUACUGGGACGUGUUGAGUUGGGUGGUUGAUAGUGAAAACGACAAUGGCUAUGGUGUUUUUGUGUUUCAAGUAGGUGAUGGUGGCGUAGUGUGGCCUGAAAUGGUGGGGCCAGAGAAGAAGUUGAUGAAGAAGAGGUUGGUGGGACCCACUAUGGGGUCGUCAAUAGCGACUCUAUCGCCGUCAAACUCUGGCGUGUUGUAG